GAGCAACAGAAGCAUCCGAAGAGCCAGGAACUCCAGCUGAUCUUCCUCUUGCUCACAAAAUGAAGCUGAUAGAGGUGAUGUUGAGCCUAGCUCUGUUUGCACACAGUUCCUUCAGUGCACCGACAACUCCCCUGGUCAUGACAUUUCCCGGGGAGCAGAACAUGACUGACAUUGAGAUGGCAAUGAACUACCUGCAGAGAUUUGGCUAUGUGAAUUUAAAAGGGACAGGCAAUUCCAUGAUUAGCCUAAAAUCUGCCAUCACAAAGGUGCAAAGGAACCUAGGUCUGCCCGAAACAGGGGAACUUGAUACAACCACACUCAGUGCCAUGAGACGGCCGCGCUGUGGGGUGCCUGAUGUUCUUAGCUACAAGACGUUUGAUGACGAAAAAUGGGAUCACACUGACUUAACCUACAGAAUAGUAACCUAUACACCUGACUUGGAUCCAGCAGUCGUCGACGAUGCGAUCGCUCGUGCGUUUAAGCUGUGGAGUGAUAUCACUCCAAUAACGUUCACUAGAAUCUACAGUGGGGAAGCAGACAUCAUGAUUCAGUUCGGCAGAAGAUGGCAUGGAGACCAAUAUCCAUUUGAUGGAAAAGAUGGUCUGUUGGCACACGCCUACCCACCCGGAAAGGACAUAUAUGGCAGUCUGCAUGGUGAUGCCCAUUUUGAUGAUGAUGAGUUCUGGACCUUGGGAACGGGAGCAGUGGUUAAGACUCAUUUUGGAAAUGCCAAUGGCGAUUUCUGCCACUUCCCGUUUACAUUUGGCGGGAAGACAUAUAAGGCGUGUACUGCAGAUGGAAGAUCUGACGGGUAUGUCUGGUGCGCCACCACCCCGGACUUCGAUAGAGACCAGAAGUAUGGAUUCUGCCCACAUGGACUGCUCUAUACCUUUGGUGGAAAUAGUGACAGUUCACCCUGUGUGUUCCCCUUUGUAUUUGAUGGCAAGAGUUACGAUCAGUGCACAUCAGAGGGUCGUAGUGAUGGCCUCAAAUGGUGUUCAACCACCAGCAACUAUGACGUGGAUAAAAAGUAUGGCUUCUGUCCCAGUCCAGCUGAUGCUGUGGUGGGUGGAAAUUCUGAUGGCGAUACGUGUACAUUUCCUUUCAAAUUCUAUGGCAAAAUGUACAGUGAGUGCACCACGGCUGGACGAUCAGAUGGGAAGCCCUGGUGUGCCACCACCAGUAACUUUGAUGAAGACAAAAAGUGGGGCUUCUGCCCUGAUGUUGGAUACAGCCUAUUUUUAGUGGCAGCCCAUGAAUUUGGACAUUCUCUGGGAUUGGAUCAUUCAUCCAUCAAGGAUGCCCUAAUGUACCCAAUGUACAGCUACACAGAGAACUUCAAGUUAUCCAAUGAUGACAUUGCUGGAAUACAGCAUCUAUAUGGACCAAAAUCAAGUUCUACACCCAGCUUUACAACGUUAGUAGAUUCAACAACUACUGAAUCAGCUUCAACAACAGCAGCACCAGUUUCAACAACUACUGCUGAGCCACCUGCAGACAUCUGCAAAGUUGACAACUACGAUGCUGUUGCAAGUAUAAAGAAAACACUUCAUUUCUUCAAGAACGGAAAUGUUUGGAAACUUGCAACAACGAAGAAAGUUGUCAAAGGACCGAUUCCAAUUGCAAAACUGUGGCCAAAAGCUCCUUCCAAAAUCGAUGCUGCCUUUGAAGAUCCAAUUAGCCAGAACGUUUACAUUUUCUCAGGGAGAUGGUACUGGGCAUUCUCUGACACCAGGCUGCUGCAGGGCUAUCCCAAAGAUAUCAGCAAACUGGGCAUCGAUGACCAAGUGGAACGGAUAGUCGGUGGCAUCAUGAUAAAUCGGAGGAACGUGCAGCUGUUCGGUGGGCAGAAGGUUUGGAGGGUCAACAUGGAGACUCAGAAAGUCGACAGAGUCAGUCAAAUUUACGACGAUUUCCAUCACGUGCCUGUCGAUUCCAAUAUUGUAUUCAUGCACCAAAUGAGCUUCUACUUCCUGCGUGACCAGUAUUUCUGGAAGAUGGACACUCACUAUCGGAUUACUUACGUGGGAUAUAUUAAGCGUCACCUGCUGAACUGCAAGCGAGUUUGAGCUUCAAGACCAACAUUCCCUGGAGGAAGAAUUAUUCUGUAAUUUAUUGUGUUUAUAUUAUAUUUUGGCAUCACAGCAUAAUCCUUGAGUUUCCUUUGGUUUCAAUUUUACUGGGUUGUCGCUGAAGGGAAAUUUAUACAAACACUUUAUCAAAGGUGAAAGUAUAAAUGUAAAAUUGAAAUUUCAUUUGAAACAAAGGAUUAACUCAUUAUUUGUAAAGAUAAAUAAUUGACUCUGUUUAUUCAGGCUGAGUCAAUGUGCCUACUGGGCAGUCUAAUCUGGAAUGAGGUUUGGAGUGCUCAGUCCGUGUGAACUUAAUGUUCUGUCACAUGGUGGCGUGCAUUCUUGUACGAUUUAAUUGUGAAGCAGGUGCAAAUUCAUAAAGACUCUGUCUAAGGUAUAAAGAAUGGUACAUGUGAUUAUCAGUGGAAUAUACUGCUUACUUCUGCUAUCAGCUGGUACGUAAUGUAUCAUGGAAUUCAAAUAUGUCUUCCUUUAUGGAUCGUGGGGAAAAUUGUAUCCUACUAACACCCUAUGACUAGUGUAUUUUACAAAAGGCAGAUUAUUGUAUAUUAUUUAUUCUUACUUCCAUGUUUCUUUUUCUACUGGGGAACAGUUUUGAGAGAUUUCACUUGGCAAUGUGAACAUCCAGCCGUUGAUCGGUGCAAAGCACAGGUGCAUUGCAGUUACAGCCAAACUCCUUGUGUAUCUCAGUGGUGCUGCCCAACAUCUCCCUGGUAAUAAGUUAUUGCCACUAAUUAGGCCAUCAAACAGCAGGCCAUCUAUUAAAGGGAUGGUACUCAUUGACACACCUUGACUGCACAUAACUUGGGAAGAGGUCUCAGUCAUUUCAUCACCCUUCCAAUCACGUCUGACUCCAGGACUGUAAAAUGUGGAACUUCAUUUGUCCCCCUAUCAUGUCGAUUCUCAGCUCGGCUCAGCUCACAGACGACAGGACAGUAAGUGGGCAGGAUCACCUGCCCCUGAACUCCUGAGCAAAUUACGAGUCUGAGAAGCUUCAACCGCAGCCUGCCAUUACUGAAAUGGAACUGGCAAAAUGUUCAUGACCAUGAAGAUGAUUUAUUGGUAUUGGUAUUGGUUUAUUAUUGUCACUUGUACCGAGGUACAUCCGUCAUGCCAGUUGUUUGAUGUGUUGGUUGUAUUUGGAUUUCACUCAGCAUUACUGAGCACAACAUCUCCAGUAUUUUAAAGAAAACUCCAUCUUUUUAAUAUUAGUUAAUUUAAAGUUUCAACUAUGUAACUGAAGAUAAAUUAUUUUAAUUUUGAAUGCUUUUUUUUGUAAAUAAUAAACAGCUUGUUAAACC